AUGGAUGUCGACCGGUCCCGGAACAGGAGAGAUCGAACCUUUGCUGGUAGCGCAUGCGCCGUUUGUGAAGAACCAUUAGAACAUACCCUCCGUGGCGAGCGUAUUCUGCAGUUUUCUUGCGCUCACGUUGCCCAUGAGGCAUGCUUUUACGAAUUUAUUCGGGAUGUCGAGCCACAGUAUUGUCCGAUAUGCUCUGCGCCCCUAGGACUAGAUGCCAGCAGAAGUGGAAAUGUCCUCGACCUAGAAAAAAUAAGCAACCUCGUACGGUCUGUGUCUGUAGCCGAGUCUCAGACGAAUCGCAGCGGCCAUGCACCAGCAGCGUCGUGGGAUAAUGCGAGCAACAGAGCUGGUUCGAUGAACCAGGACUAUUCCAAUCGGCCUUUCAGCAACAGCCGUGAUGUUAGAGAACAUUCUCGUCUUGACAGUAGGGACACCAACAGCCACCGUGAGAGGCUCGAGAGGCUGACGCUGGGCUCGCGAAAUGAAAUUCUCCGUCCUGAGACCGGGACCGUUGGAGGCCAAACUGCGUCAGAGUACCAGCACGAUGCCCACCAGUCAUCAGUGUCGAGACGCCACGACUACGAUGUACAGGCUAUGGAGGCUGAAGUUGGCCUUCGUCCAGGCAUCAGCAAGAACCUCAUUCCGGCACCUAUAGUGACAGUCCGCAGCGAAUUCCCGUCCCUGAAUCGUUCCCGCCAACAGCAGCCCCUCACUUGUUUGGUCACAGUCGAAGUUCCUGGAGAGAAAUGGUCGCCAGACUCGGAGCAGAUACGCCAGAGCCCCGGUACCAUCCUUCCCGCAGAAGAUGCUCAGUCUUUGGCGGUAAAAGGACAGGGUCUCUCCAGCUCCGAUGCGCAUGCGCAGGAGCAUCCCCUGACCGAGUCUGAAGAUAUGCUCAGCACCAUUGCAGAAGACCUUCGUCUUCGGGUUGAUAACUGGCACGGUUUGGAAUUCUCAAGAUUCGGCAAGCUCAACCUCCACGGAACAAUCCGCGUGGGCAAAGACAAAAACUCAUGGCAAGAGCUGGAGUGCUACCUUUUCUCCGACAUGCUCAUCUGCGUGAAGGAGAAAAAGACCCGACAGCCCAGCCAGAACCAGAACAUGUUUGAGGACUCAGUAACGCAGCGCACAAGCACGAGAUUCACUCUGAAGGGAUCGAUUCUCAUCAAGAAGCAUCUUAAAGAUCUGGAGACCGUCCCUGAUGAUCUUGUUUUGACUCUAAACCUAUCCGUGAACGAACUACCCAGGUUCCACCUGAGAUUCCCAACCCUUCACCAGCUAGAUAUCUGGAAGAGGGCUUUAGGGGAGUUACGGAACGGGGGCGUGGUAACUCGUACUGAUCCCGAGGUAGAAGUUCCCGCAUCAGAAGAGGAUGACUACCGAAUCUCAAAGACACCCAGUAAACGGGAGUCGUCCGGCUAUUCGUCUUCUUACGGCGCUGGGAAGUCUAGCAAUACUGCAAUGACGGAUUAUACUAGCCCAGGGCGGGAGCCUAUGCCUGUAUCCGCAUUUCAUGUACCACUCGACAUUGUCGUUGUCAUACCCGUUUCUUCCUCUAUGCAAGGCCUCAAAAUCUCCUUGCUUCGUGACACUCUACGUUUCCUCGUCCAGAACCUUGGACCUCGAGAUCGCAUGGGUCUGGUUACUUUUGGUUCAUCUGGUGGAGGCGUCCCCGUUGUUGGAAUGACUUCAAAGACGUGGAACGGUUGGGGAAAGAUAUUCAAUUCAAUCCGGCCCGUAGGUCAAAAGAGCUUACGUGCGGAUGUUGUUGAGGGUGCAAACGUAGCCAUGGAUUUGCUUAUGCAACGCAAAUAG